UAUGAUUUAUUUGAACGCUGUCCAGCAGAUGUCACGUCAGUAUGUUUAAAUGCCUAACGUCGAUGUUUGUGUUUUCGACGAGUCGUCGUGGAUUAUUAAAAUUAUUAUUUCGUAUCCUUAAUCUAAAAAUUUCUGAUACAUAAUAAUUCUUUUUCGGAAUUUGGUAAAAUUUAAUUUGAAUUUUCACCCAUGGGAAAACGAUAUUAUUGCGCUUAUUGUGACAGAUCCUUCAAGGAUGACACAGAAGCUAGAAAAAAACAUCUUUCGAGUUUGCAACAUGCAAAAAAUCGCGCAGACCAUUACAAGAUGUAUAAAGACCCGGAAAUAUUAUUAAGAGAAGAAUGUUCAAAAACUCCGUGUAAACGUUAUUUAACCACCGGUGAUUGUGCAUUUGGUCUUGGAUGCAGAUUUUCACAUUAUAUGCCUUCUAUGAUGUGGGAGUUACAACGGCUUGUGGAUGCAAAGAAGCAAUCGAGAUUGCAUUAUGCACCUGAAAAUGGUUGGCCAAAUCCUGAUGACAUUAUCAAAGAAUAUUUUGAAACUAAUGCAAAUUCAACUAGUACGGAUGAACCUAAUUAUCCUACAUGGUAUAGGCCAGUAGAAAUGCAUGAUUAUGCAAUGUUACCACUGUCUUUAUGGCCUAUUACACCAGAAAGCUUGGCGAAUACUUCAUCCUUCAGAGAAUGGGGUCAACAGUCAUAAAAUUAUUAUUAAUGGUUUUAAACCUUGAUACUGAUUAAAAAUAAAAUAAUAUAUAAGUUGUAAAUAAAUGUACAUACUUUUCUAAAAUAAAAGAUGGAAAAUAUAAUAAUAAGCUAAUCUUU